GUGUCGGUGCUGUAAGAAGGAAGACUUACAAAGCAGAGAGCAUAAUGAAUUCUGAGUAACAUAUGAUAGAUAUAUGGCGUUGUAUAUCUGCGCUGGACAAAUGUCUUUUGUCCACCUUUAAAGUUUUCUAAUUUAACUUCAGAACACAAUCCCUCUCCUUCCCAUCCCAACUAUUUAUUACCCAAGUACUUUGCUUGAUUUUCUAGCAACACCAGUCACUAGGGUUCAUUCCUCAUCUCUCACUUUCCUGAUUUUUUUCUCUUCCUUGUAGGAGAGGGGGAGAGAGAGAGAGAGAGAGAGUGUGUGUGUGUGUGUGUUUGUGUGUUUUGUAGUAAGUAAGUAGGAUCUCAGAGUGGAAAAGAGAGUUUUUUUUUUUCAAAAGGAGAGAUGGGUGUGGAUUUGAGGCAGGUAGUGGCAGGUAUUUUGACACUGGCAAUGUUUGUGAUGCUUGGGAACAUGAUUAAGAGAGACCAUUUUGAUUCUGUUGAAGAGAAAUUUCCUGGCAGCGGAAGGGAUACCUUGGAAAAUGCCAAGAUUUCAAAGGAGGGCCUCAGCAAGAAGAAUAACGGGCCUUGGAAAGAUGAUGGUCAGGAGCUAAAACCAUGUUGGUCUAAGCCAUCUGAUGAUGUAGAGCAGACGGAGGGGUAUGUCCUUUUCUCGUUAACAAAUGGCCCUGAAUACCAUGUUUCACAGAUUGCGGAUGCUGUUGUCGUGGCAAGGUAUCUAGGGGCAACUCUUGUACUUCCUGACAUUAGAGGGACCAAACCAGGGGAUGAGAGGAACUUUGAAGAGAUUUACGAUGUUGAGAAGUUUAUAAGUAGCUUGGAUGGCGUGGUUAGAGUAGCAAAAGAACGACCUGGUAAAUUAUCAACAAGGAAUCUUGCUGCUGUUAAGGUCCCUAAUCGGGUUACAGAAGAUUACAUUGUAGAACACGUGGAACCGAUUUAUAGAUCGAAGGGCAACAUAAGGCUGGCAACUUACUUUCCUUCAGUUAAUAUGAAGAGGAUAGAAAGAAAGAGUUCUAGUGAUUCAGUUGCAUGUCUGGCAAUGUUUGGAACUCUAGAGUUGCAACCAGAGAUUAACGAAGUGGUCGACUCAAUGGUUGAGCGACUGAGAACUUUGAGUCGCAAGUCAAAUGGCCAAUUUGUAGCAGUGGAUUUGAGGGUUGAGAUAUUGGAGCAGAAUGGUUGCCAAGGAGGAGACGAAUCCGGAACAAAAAGUUGCUAUAAUGCACAAGAGGUUGCUUUAUUUCUGAGGAAAGUUGGAUUUGGAAAGGGUACCACAAUCUAUUUGACUGAAUCAAAAUGGGACAGCAGCCUUGAUGCUCUGAAAGACAUCUUCCCAAAAACUUAUAUAAAGGAUGGCAUUAUCCCUGCUGACAAGAAGUCAAAGUUCCUGGAUUCAGAGGGUUCUGAAUUUGAGAAGAUCAUUGACUUCUACGUAUGUUCGCAGAGUGAUGUUUUCGUACCAGCCAUCUCUGGCUUGUUCUAUGCAAAUGUGGCGGGUAAGAGAAUUGCUUCCAGUAAAACUCAAAUACUUGUCCCAACCGACAUCUCCGAUUCCUCUGCAUCUGCCUCUAAUUUCAUCACACAUUAUGUCUCAAAGAAGAACCAUUUGGCGUAUUCAUGCCUUUGCUAGUGCCCGUGAGAAGAAACCCGGAAAAAGAAAAGCGUGACAGAUGUAUUGAAGCCUUCAAAGAGGGUGUUAGCUUUCCCUUAAUUGAGCUUGAUGCGGUUAAGCAGAUGGACAUGAUAGCUUGUAUAAUGUAUAUUUUAAGCUGGCUUACAAGAACCCUAAACAUAAAUUUUUCUGUUAAGAUGAUCUUUUAAGACACUCUUUGAUAGGGCAGGAAGUUUUCAACCUAUAACGGUUCAUCUGUCGUUUGUUAUAUUUCAAAACAUUUUUCCUAUAUUCUUUCCAAUCAUCUUGUCACAUUUUCCGAAUCUGGUUGCGCAGAAGGAUUAUUGUAGUAAAACUAUACAUGCUAUCCCUUGUUCAGAAUA